GGGAAGCCGGCUUCAGGUUGGCCUGGACAUUCCUGAAAUCAAAGGGCUGCUCUGUCGCCCUCAUCAACCCCCUACCCAAAAUGAUCAAAGCUCUCUUUCUUACAACAAGUUUGGUACUUGUUCAGCAUCAAGGGAGCUCAACGAAGGAACUAUCUGGGGUGAAGGACUAUGAAGUUGUGUAUCCCCAAAAAAUCCAUGCAUUGCACAAAAGAGAUGUAGAAGGAAUCCAGAAUCCUCAACAAAAGGCCAAGUACGAAGAUUUCCUGCAAUAUGAAAUUGAAGUGAAUGGAGAGAAGGUGGUCCUACACCUAGAAAAAAAUAGGGAUCUUUUUUCCAAAGACUACACUGAGACCCAUUACUCUCAAGAUGGCAAGGAAAUUACAACAAGCCCACAGAUUCAGGACCACUGCUAUUAUAAAGGCCACAUCCAAAGUGAUACGGACUCUACUGCAAGCAUUAGUGCGUGUCGUGGUUUGAGAGGGUAUUUCAAAAAACGUGGCAAGAGGUAUCUUAUCGAACCCUUGAAGCUCUCAGACAGUGAAGCCCAUGCAGUCUUCAAAUAUGAGAGUCUGGAAAAGGAAAAUGAGACCCCCAAGGUCUGUGGGGUAACCAACACAACGUGGCUACUCGAAGAGCCUAUUCAGAAGGUUGCCAGGUCAAGCACAAGUGCAGAAAAGCAGGCAUACCUGAAGGCCAAAAAGUAUGUUGAACUUUACAUAGCUGUAGACAACAGAGUGUUCAGGACAUACAACCGCGAUAUGGCUGCUGUCAGGACAAGAGUAUUCGAAAUAGUCAAUUUUAUAAACAUGGUUUACAAAGCCAUAAAUGUUCAUGUGGCAUUGAUCGGCCUAGAAAUUUGGUCUGACGGGGACAAGAUUGUUGUGCACGAACUGGCGAACGUCACGUUAGAUCGGUUUAAAACCUGGAGGGAAGGAGUACUGCUGAAGCGUAAAAGGAACGAUAAUGCCCAGUUACUCACGGGCAUUGACUUCAGUGGAGCAACUGUAGGACUGGCUUUUGUGGGAACCAUGUGUGAUUCUGCCCAUUCCUCAGGAAUUGUUCAGGACCACACCACAAACCCCAUUGCUAUUGGGGCUACGAUGGCGCAUGAAAUGGGCCAUAAUUUUGGCAUGAAUCAUGACACCGAUUUCUGUGCAUGCAACUCUGACUCUUGCAUCAUGGCGGGGACACUCAGACAUAACGUACCCCGGGAUUUCAGCUCCUGCAGCCUCCAAGAGUUCCAGACUUUCAUUACAGACCGAACCCCGAAAUGUAUCUUGGAUAUGCCGUUAGCCAGGGAUAUCAUUGCAACACCAGUGUGCGGGAAUGACUUUGUGGAGGAGGGAGAAGAAUGUGACUGUGGCACUCCAGAGGAGUGUAGAAACGACUGCUGUGAUGCUGCAACGUGCAAACUGAAGCCAGGUGCUAAAUGUGGAUAUGGGGAAUGUUGCGAGAAGUGCCAGCUCAGACGUGCAGGAGCUGUAUGUCGUCUAGCAAAUCAUGAUUGUGAUCUGCCAGAACUGUGCACAGGGCUCUCUCAUCAAUGUCCUAUCGACCGCUUCCGAGUGAAUGGACACCCGUGCAAGAACAACCAGGGUUACUGCUAUAUGGGGAAGUGUCCCACCUUAGCGAACCAAUGCACUGAACUUUGGGGAACAACUGCUACAGUGGGUUCAGAUACCUGUUUUGCUAUCAACAGGAAUGGGGUUUAUUAUGGCCACUGCAAGAAGGCUAAUGGCUCAUUCCUGCCAUGUGGAAAGAAAGAUCUAAAGUGUGGCAAGCUGUAUUGCACGGGUGGUUCAAGACUGCCUUCGAUCGGAAACAUGGCAUCAUUUGAUAAUUGUAAGAGCAGUUUUCCAAGCAAUGGUCAAGAAGAUCAUGGGAUGGUUGAUGGUGGAACAAAAUGUGGAGAAGGCAUGGUCUGCAGCAAUGGACAAUGCAUGGACAUUGAGAGAGCCUACAGGUCUACCAACUGUUCUGCGAAAUGCCAAGGACAUGCUGUAUGUGACCAUGAAAUGCAAUGCCAGUGUGAAGAAGGAUGGGCACCACCAAACUGCGAUGACCCCACAACAAACAGAUAUAUCAUCGUCAUUGUUGCUGUGUUGGUGACCCUGGCAGCCACCGCAAUUGGUGUUGCCAUCUUGUUCCGUUACAAAAUUCUGAGGAAGAAAGCAAGUCAAAGCGACCACAAGACUGUAACUGGAGCCACAAACCUCGGCUUCUCGGGUGGUCAAGAACAGAAGAGAAGACAGCACGUUGGCCCCGCCCCCGCCCCUCCAGAGGUCAACUCAGCUAGAUGUCUCCUCCCUCCACCUCCACCCCAAGCAAACCAGCCACCAGCUUGUGUUGUGAAAAUCCCAGGUGAACACAUGCCAGCCUCCUAUCAAAAUACCAAAAUGCCCAUUGUGAAGCCGAAUAUCCCUCCACCUCCAGUUCCAAUGGCCAAGCCAGCCUUAUCUCCUCUCACAGGCAAUGCAGCAGCAGCAAUGAAGCCAGUUCCUUCUCACCUCAAGGCUAAGUCAGCACCUCCACCUCCACCCCAGGCACUGAAACCCCCAAGUAGCUACAAGGUAUGAAACUCUACAAAGAGCCAGACCUGAUGCUGUUCUCCAAUCUCAUGGAAGCUUUGCUCAUUUACUUGGCUCCUCCGUCUGCAAAGGAAACUGACUAGCUGAUUUCUUUUCUGUGGGUCUGAGAUUUGUAUGUGAAUGGAAUUGCCAGGUCUGCAUUUGGGGAUGCCAUUGCUUGCAGUCCUCACUCUUGGAAAGGAAACUGAGCAUCAGUUUUCCGGCCAGCUUCCAUUUUAUCCAAGCCGAUAAAAAGAAUCGUGAUUUGGGGGAUCCCGGUGUAACUGGAACGCUUUUGUGAAUAACUGUAAACUGAGCCAAGCUGUUUUAAGCAUCUAGGAGCAACAAUGUUUCAGUGCCAGUGAUCCCUGCGCGAGUUUGUAUCACUCAUCACUGCCAUCCAUGCAGAAGACCUGGGACUUUAGAAGGUGGCUCAACCCUUUAUGUGACUGGGAAGAGAACCUUUCCUGACCACGGAGCGAGAGGGUGACGGAGACUUGACUAAUGGCUCAAGCGAUGCAGAUCUUUCUCUUCAAGCCAACCAUCUCCAAGCCACUGCUCAAUCCAGCGGCACAAGAGGAAAGCUCAGAUGGCAAACUUCUGCCUCGUCCUUUACUGCUAAGGAACUGCCACAUUGUGCAAUGGUACCAAGGAUGCCAAUUUCUUUCACCAACCUCCAUGCCUGGGCCUUUCACAGCAACUUGAUUUGCAGACAUGUGCCAGGGUUCAUGUUUCUCCCUUUCAAUAGCUUGAGCUAUUGAUUCUUGCAGAUCAAGUGCCUGUCAAAGGUGCACGGGCAGGCCACGUCAGUUGGCAACCCUAAAUGGUAGAAGGCAUCCUUCUUAGCACUUUAAUAGACUAGGGUGACUAUGAUGCUAAUUUUUAGCAGCCUAUUUAUGUUAGAGCAUAAACUUGAAAACAAGAACACUACUACACAAAUGCUCACACCUUUCACCUGGUGAAACCUUCAGUAAGCAUCUUAUUAGUCCAUGCAACUGAAAUACAUUGGGAUGGUUUAGGGCAGAACUUGAAAGGGCAGGGCCUGUUUUCUUUUCUUUUCUUUCUUUUGGCAUUUUAUUUUAUUAAAAGGUCAGUAGUGAAAUGAUUCAUGUAUAAAUAUAGGGCAGAAGCAAAAGGAUCCAAUGUAUUUAAUAUGAUUUGAAAACAAAGCAGGUACAGCCAGCAGAAUGUAGAGUUGCUAGGUCAGAAAAAUGAUCUCUCGUUCUCACUAUCUCUCUCUCUCUAUUUCUCUACGGAUACUUCUGAAAUCAUCUUCAUAUGAGUUUGUACCAUGGGUUAGGUGUUCCGAAUGUCCUGCUAAAUAUUUCGAAAGCAGAACUGAUGCAGCUUAGAAUUCUUGAAAUGCCCCCCCCCUGUAUUUUUGUCUGUGUUUAGCUUAUUCCCAACUCCCAGUUCAAUUUACACAAAUUUCCUAAUUUUCACAGAUUCCCUUAG